AUGGCUGAAAGAAGACCUUUUAAAAUUUGCUGCAUUUUUGAUAUUGAAUGCUGCUUUCCCACCAAUGAAGAUAUAAGAGAGAUUGACCUUCUUAAUAAGAAUAUUAAGAGCGAGGAAGCUCAUACAUGAGAAGACUCUAAUAACCUGAUUUUGAGAUAUGUGAGAUCUUUAAUCCAGCUUGCUGAUUGCUUCCCUGAAAUAAAAAUUGUUCUCUAUCUUCAUCACAAUAGCAAUAGAGCAAUGAAGAAAGAGAUCGAGAAAAUAAUUCGUCAAUACAGAUCUGAACACGAAAUCAGAAAUAUAGAAUUCGCUUCGCUUAUUGUAUCAAGCCAAGCUUUGUUUCAUCACCUUGGCUUUCUUCAGAUGAUAUGUGAAGAGACUCGGAUUUUUACCAGAAAUAAAUAACUUUUACCAACCUGGGUUCAUCGAUUACAAAAGAAACUUAAGUGGGAUGAAACAAUCUUCAAGUAAUUCCUUCUUACAAGAGAUUCCCAUGAUCCACCCCUUGCAUAAGGCUCCAACUAUCCUUGCAAACAAAGUCGACUCCUUUGCUGAUACAAAGAAAAAUCUGAGGCUCCAAAACGUUAAUCACGUCUUAAAUGACAUCAAAGAUCAAUUAUCAAUUAAAAGAGCUCAUGAGGACUCAACAACUUCCCCGAGUGAGUACCAAGAAGCUAAAGAAAUGAUUGAGAAUACUAAAUCUGAAGAAGGAUUGGGAAGUACCGAAAUUUCAACUGGAGAAGAAACCAAAAUAGAUGACAUCAGAGAAUCAUGACUAUCUUUCUCCAGCGAAGCUACUUUUAUUACCAAGUCAUCUAUGAUAAGUUUAUCACAAGAGGAAGUCUUAUCACAAGCAUCUGAAAUUGAGUUUCUUUCACAAGGAAGCGGGGAGAGUAAAUAAAGCUUCUAGCGAGGGCACUAGGCCUCCAACUAAAUAUGAUUUUGAGACAGAAUUCUAUCAAGAAUCGACCAUGAAGUUUUUCUGUAAACUUUAUUCUCACUUCAAAAACAAAUUUAGUCAAGAAUCUGUGAGUUUCAUCAACUCUCUUAAAAACUUGGUGUUGCAACACUUGACCAAGAUGAGCAAGAAGGCUGAUCACUCCAUCAGCGAGGAUGAGAAGCUGAAAUAUUUCAUUUAUAUUCGCAAUAAGCUUUACAUCGAGAGAUUUGUUAAAGGAACGCUGUUCGAGUUCUGGACUAAACACAACAUCAAUACCCUUAGUGCCAUGAAUGAGAGCACUAAGCUGACUGUUGAUAUUGAAAAGCUAGAAGAGGUGUACCAAAAGUAUGACUCAGAUAAGAGUCAGAAGCAAGAGUCUACAAAAUCGAGUAAAAUAUUUACCCCUAUCACUGACGUGAGUCUUUAUGCUAGUAUAUGAUAUACUAUUAUAAAAACCAUGAGUGAUAAGCAUUUUUACCAUGAGUACGGCUCUGAGACUAGCUACAAGAAGUACAUGAAGGUCAUAGAGAACUUACUCAAAAAUAUGUACAACUCAAGAGCUCUGGAACAAAAUCAAAGAACGGUUUUAAAGAAGGAUAAGUCCAUCAGAUAUUUGCUCAUGAAACUCUUUGAGAAUUAUGGGGUAUUUAAGGUCAAGCCAAAUAAGAAGCUGGAGUUCUGUAACUCUGCCCUUGAGCAGUUCUGUAACAAUAUUGAGAAAUAUUCUUGCAAGGAUCUGAUACAGAUGCUGAAUAGAGACAUUCAAAGCAUGGAAGGAACCAUGCUAAAUUAGAGCCAAUAGGAAUUCUUAAUUAUAAGCUUGAAUAAAUUAGUAAUAU